CCAUCACUAGAAAACUUCCCAUGGCCUCCGCAAACCGCUGCAUAGCUCAAUUGAGCAGGAAUCUCGUUGCUCAACCCCUCCGACCUACCUCUCAACUCCCUCAAAUCGCGUUCCUCUCAUCACAGCAGCUACGAUGCGCCUCCGUCGGCAAAGGAGCCCAUUCUGAAAACGCCGCAAAGUACAAGCGGAAAGAUCAGGGUUCCACGCAGAAGAAAAAGAAGGCGCGAAGUACUUUUAUCCAAUAUGAUCUGCGCGAUGCGGAGCAGUUCAAUCUUUGCGAUGCCAUGCAAUACAUUCGGGCUUUCGAAGUUGGCCGCCUCCCUACAUCCUCCAAAUACGAAAUGCACGUCAAGCUGCGCUCGAUAAAGAAUGGUCCCGCUAUACGAAAUCGUCUACGACUUCCCCAUCCUGUUAAAACCGACCUCCGAAUCUGCGUCAUCUGCCCCCCUGAUUCAGCUGCUGCAGUACAAGCGAAGAAGGCGGGCGCCGUUCUGGUUGGGGAGGAUGAAGUGUUUGACUUGAUAAAAGAGGGCAAAAUUGAAUUCGAGCGGUGCAUUUGUCACAUCGAUUCUUUACAGAAGCUUAAUAAAGCUGCGUUGGGCAGGAUCCUAGGUCCACGAGGCUUGAUGCCGAGCACGAAGAUGGGCACUGUGGUGAAAGAUGUGGAGACUACUGUUAGGGAGAUGGUAGGCGGAAGCGAGUACAGGGAGAGGUUGGGUGUCAUCCGAAUGGCCAUCGGCCAAUUAGGCUUCUCGCCAGAGGAGAUGCAGAAGAAUAUCAAGGCUUUUAUGGAACAGGUCAAGAAGGACAUUGCUCAGAUGAGCGACCGAAUAUCGAAGGACAUCCACGAGGUGGUAUUGAGCUCUACAAAUUCACCAGGAUUCAGUCUGAAUGGAGAGUUCAGGGGGGCAAACUCCGUUCCGACAAAAGACAUGACAGCUGAAACCUUUUGAGUCGCGCUGUAGAUGAGAAGGUUGUACAUGCAGUGUAAAUUUAUAUCACCUAACGCCCUCGCUAUGCCUAUCAUGUGAAUGCAGAGUGCAUCAACCCCUUAAUGACUUCAAUACUGUGACUGCUUCCGCAGCCUCGUCCAUGUCGCGGUACACGCCCAUGAUCCUCAUGACUCGAUCAACUCCGUCGGCACCUGCAGCUUUCGCCUGCUUGAGCGCAUUGCUUAGGUCCAGCAACAAUGUAUUCCGCACCUUGACC